AUGUCGAAACCAAAGGUUCUUAUCGUUGGUUGCGGCGCCGUGGGCUUAAGUCAGGGUUAUCACCUCUCUGCCGGUGCAGACAUCACCUACCUUGUACGGCCUGGGCGCAAACCAGCAUUUCUAGCCCCGAAACAGCUCUACGCCUACAAGACGGAUAAACUGCAUACUUUCUCGUCGUACCGUGUCAUUGAGUCGGUUGCCGAGGUUAAGGGCGAGACCUUUGCUUUUAUUUUCGAUACUUUGGAUGGACACACCGCACGCUCUGAGAAUGGAGUCGCAACGAUCCGCUCCGUAGGCGAUCUUAUCAACGAGCCGCAGAAUGAGGAGUGCUUUGUCAUUUUCGAUGCUGUCGGCCUAGACAUAGACGAACACUACAUGAGCAAUCUACGCGUCCCGAAAUCUCGCCUUUCAAUGGCGUUAAGCAUGAUUGCCCAUCAACCUACGCCCCAGAUCUCGAUACCUGCUACAGCAAGCAAAGAUCUUGUAGCCAAGGCGGAUAUGCUGUAUACUACGACGAUGCCCGGUGUAGGCCUUAUGAUAGGCAACACACAACCCGCACUCGUCAACAAAGUCUCUGCGAUCUACAACAUAAAUGGCGCGCUGACCACUAAAACUAUUCCUGCCUUUAUCAUUGCCCCGUUUCAGUCCGUUGUGCUCCUUCAUCUGGUCGUCUGGGACAUUGGCGGUUCUGGACCGUUCUCGCACCUCCGUUCUAACAGCGAACUGUGGAGCUUGCUUCUGCGGGCUCAGACGGAAAUUCUACGACUUCCACGCUACGGCUGGACGGGCUGGUUUCUUUCGCUUGUAAUGGGGAGCUGGGCGACGGAGAAGGUGAUGACGACACCUGCGGAAGGCUCGAAGCCGCUUGUUUAUCAUGAGUUCAAUGCAUUUCAUCAUGGGGGUAAAGUCGCGAAGCAGGAUCUUAUGAUUUUGGAAGAGACACUGGAUGACGGGGAGAAGUCAGGAACGAAGAUGGAAUCAUUGCGGGAGAUUAUAUUGGAGAUCGUUAGAAAAGCUGCGCAGCAUGUCUAUCACAACGCUUCCUCUCGCUCUGCCAUGCUCUCCGUCUGGCAAGACCGCAACAACCUCGUGUUCCCCAAUCCUGCCUAG